AUGGCUUCCCUACUCACUGAAACAGAGCCUCAGGAUACUCUGCCGUUUGUUAAGGACGCAACUCCGUCGUUUGAAUCGAAUGAGCGCAUUUUAGCUCCGUCCAUCGAUGAAGUGGACUCAAAUCCAGAAGAGCUGCGAACGCUUCGUGGUAAAGGCCGGUAUUUUGGAGACUCUGACCCAUCUGAGUUUAUUGCUGAUGCAGAGCCCAAGUGUAAUAACUGCUCUCAACGUGGUCACUUCAAGAGAGACUGCCCGCACGUCAUUUGCUCGUACUGUGGUUUGAUGGACGACCAUUAUUCCCAACAUUGUCCAAAGGCUAUUCGGUGCGCAAACUGCAAUGGAGAAGGCCACUAUCGCAGUCAGUGUCCGCAUAAGUGGAGGCGGAUCUUUUGUACCUUGUGCAACAGCAAAAGACACUCGCGGGACCGUUGUCCUAGCAUCUGGAGAAGCUAUUAUCUUUUACAAGGCAACAGGCGGCGAGCAUUGGCAAUCCACAAAAUUUACUGCUAUAACUGCGGUGAGAAGGGUCAUUUUGGCGAUGAUUGUUACCAUGACCGGUCUUCCAGGGUGCCGAACGAGGACGGAAGUGCAUUUUCUGGAGAAAAUCUACCAAAACAAGUCAAGCAGGACUACUACACUCACUUGGAAAGAUACCAUGCUGACUUUCUACCAGAGGUGAGUUUUGAUGAGUACAGAAGCCAGACGAAUAAGAAAUACGGCGGGUACUCGGAUAAGACAGAUAGUUCCUUGUAUGACGAUGGCUCGUUGUCCAGUUCACAUUCCAAGAGGUCUAAGAAGAGGAGCCGAAAGAACGAAGGAGACAAUAAGAGGUUAGGUUCACAUUCUUCGAAAGGUGGUGUAAAUUCGAAUUUUUAUCCACCUCCAUACCAGAAAUCCAAACCGGCUCCCAGGCCAUCUUCAAGAGGCGUUGUACCACCAAAACAUACCCGUAAUCCAUUAGACUUUCCUCGCUCUUCCAAACCACAUCAUCAACGAUUUGAGUACUAG